AUGAGAAUAAUCUUGCUGGGUGCGCCUGGUUCGGGGAAAGGCACUCAAGCUACCCUGGUGGUGCGAAAAUAUCAGGUUCCACAUAUCUCGACCGGCGAGUUAUUACGCGCCGAGGUCGCUGCCGAAACGGAAUUAGGCAAUAAAGCCAAGGCGAAUAUGGAAGCGGGCGAUUUGGUCUCUGAUGAGAUCGUCUUAGGCAUGAUUGAGGAGCGUCUGCACCAAGAUGAUGUCGGUAAUGGUUUUUUACUGGAUGGCUUUCCGCGCACACUGGCACAGUCCGAAGGCUUAGAUAAAUUACUCAGCAAAAUUGGUCAGCCGCUUGAUUUGGCGAUUUUCCUUGAUGUCGAUUAUGGCGAAAUCAUGCAGCGUUUGUUAGCCCGCAAACGGGUUGAUGAUACCGAAGAAACCAUUCGUAAUCGGCUGGAAGUUUAUGAAGCGCGAACUGCGCCUUUGAUUGAUUAUUACAAGGCUAAGGGGAAUUUGCGCAAUGUUCAGGGCGUUGGUGGGGGUUAG